AUUUAGGUCCCGCUUCAAAAGGACGUCACAGUGAAGCCUCUUGUAUUGUAUUCAUACCAACUAGCUGGUGAGGAGGGUUGUGACGACCAGAACUAACAAUGGCGGACCGCCGCUCGUUUCACGCAAAGCUGUCCUCCAUCAUGGAGACAAUGGCCAGGUCCGCCCUGAGCCAGGUCUGCGAGCUGGUGGACGGGGACGUGGCUGAGCUCCGGCGGGGUUUGUCUCAGCUCCUGGCGGCGAAUUCCGCCCUGGUGGAGAAAGUCAAGAGUCUGGAGGGCGAGAGGAGCGACGCCCCCGGUUUGUGUAAAAGUUAUCGCAGCGUAGGUGUUGAAACUGUCCGCCACAGAGACGGGGACGCUCACGUGAAGACGGGGUCGCCCUCCAUAGAGGGGAUCUUUGGAAAAGAUUGGUGUAUUGAUCUGUGGAAAGACAGAGACCCGUACGAUCACGAGAGACACUCAGCACCACCAGCACCACCAGCACAGUCCUCUGAGGAGCAGUCUGUGACGACCCUGAUCAACCAGAAUACUGUGUCUCAGAUCAAAGAGGAGGAGUAUGUGGAGGAUGCCGCCAGCAGCUGCCAGCAGGAAACGCUUAGUACAGAAGAACAUGAAGAAAGCAUUGCUGAGGAUCCAGAGCAGCUGUCAGUCGGUCACUCGGCCGGCUGCAGCCUGUCAGUUGCUCAGGAAGGAGAACAGGUUGGUGGUAAUGAGGAACCGACCAUAUCCAUCAGUGACACAGAGGAGGGCUUCAGCACUCAUACCAUUCCCAUUGAAGAUGAGGAUGAUGAUGGUGAUGUUGUAGAAUUUGUUGAAGUAAGUCAACAAGAGCCAACAGUGAACGCUGAAGAUGGGCCCAGCCACAACAAACAGCAGACGUUACCUGCUAACAGCUCUGAAAGCAGCACUGCUCUGGAUUCCCAUGACGACUUUAAUACGCUUAAUGUAGAAACAGAAAGAGACCCAAACAAAGACAAGUUCCCAUGUCAAAUAUGUGGCAUGACAUUCUACCACAAGGGCACUCUAACACACCACAUGAAGUGCCACAAGUCCAACUUUUGCAACAUUUGUAAGCGACAAUUCCAUUACAGGUACAGGUUCAACUCGCACACCUGCUUGUCUCGAGUUUCCUCUCCGAGUGUCAGUCAAUCAUGUCGGCUGUGCGGGAAGACCUUUGCGAAUUCAUCGGCUCUGAGGAUUCACUCUGUCGUCCACACAGGAGAGAAACCACACCGGUGCAGCUUAUGUGGGAAAGGGUUCACCCAGAAAGGCAAUCUGAAAUGUCACCUCCGUAUCCAUACUGGAGAGAGACCGUUCCGCUGUGUUAAAUGUGGGAAGACAUUCACGCAAAAGGUCAACCUCAACCAUCAUUUGAUGGCACACAGAAAUAGUGAGAUCCCGUAGCCAAGAGACAUAUUCAGGGCUUAAAACUCGUCUGAAAAUAGCUUUCUUUAUUUGAAUGCACCAUGUGCUACUUCAUCUAUUAGUGUAAGGGCAGUUAAUUUUAUGUUUUCAAAGACUUGUAGUCCGCACGGUAGUGAAGUGUAGUUUUAAUAUCAUAAUCUGUCCUUACAAUAAAACACAUGAAUGUUUAUCGAUUAAACUUUUAUUUGAUAGAAAUCUUUUUUUUUUUUUUUUUU